UCGCUCUGCAGGAGCUGUCCAGCAACUCGGUCCUGAAACUUGUCCCGAGGACCUCGAUUGAAACAGAUUCCAAUGAAGGCUUAACUUUUUAGCAAAGAGUGACUUGUAAAUGUUAAUGCGUCAGUACGUGAACAAAGGUAAUAAAAUAUGUUUGGUAUGUUCCGUAAAGGAAGAGUCGUUCGCCCGUAUUUACGGAAGCACUGAAUGCGGAAUCCACUGAGGGCUGCAGACUGGAAAUAAGAUCGACAGACGUGUUGUGAGCUAAGGGGGAACGAGAGAUUGAGUAAGGUGUGGAGAACUGCUCACUCUCUCAGCAUUAUGUCCUGGUCUCUGGACUUAGUGCCUCUUCCCCCAUGCGCACUGUUGGGUGGUCCCCCCCUAAGCGGGCUGCUCUGGACCGUACUUCUCCUCUUUUUAUGGUACUGCUACCGUGUUGGUUCUGACCCACCGUCUCAUUCUGGACUGCACAAAACCAGCUCCUCGUUCUCCCGGUCAUCCAGCCGAUCGCCUGUUGACCCCAGGCACUCUGCACCUAAAACAUCCGCGGCGAUCGGCAUGGAAACGGUGGAGGAAGAGGAGGGGCCCGAGAGCUACCUGACACCUGUGUUGAGCCAUGCCCCUUUCCCCACCGAAGUCGCCGCAGAAAGCAGGAAGUUGUACAGAGCCCUGCAAGAGUACGCAAAACGUUACAGUUGGGCCGGCAUGGGUCGCAUUCACAAGGGUCUGCGCAAUCAGGCUAAAAUCACUGAACGCCCGUCCAUUCAGAAGCCUCAUCUCUUCUACCUCCCAGAUGUUCCCAGCAUCCCUUUCUUUCCCAGGGAUGCUCAUCGUCAUGACAUUGAGGUUCUGGAGGCCAGUUAUCCCAUAAUCCUCGCUGAGUUCCAGGCAGUCUACCAGAGGGGAAAUGAUACAAAGUUUGGGUGGACCUACCAAGGACCAAAAGGCCAGGCUGUAUUCCCUCUCUAUAAUGCUGGGGGGUGUGUGGCCGGUAACUGCCGUGCAUGUCCGUGUACAUAUCGAACCCUCCUGUCUCUCAGAACCUUCAUCAGUAGUAACUCUCUGGGGUCUGCUGGGUUCUGGCUCCUGGGCCCUGGAACCACACUGGGAGGGUCAUACGGUCCUACAAACACCCGUCUGCGCUGCCAGCUUGGUCUUCAAACACCUGCUCAAUGUGAGCUGGUGGUGGGUGGCGAGCCACAGUGCUGGUCAGAGGGACACUGCCUCCUAGUAGAUGACUCCUUCCUGCACACUGUCUCACACAAUGGGGGAGCUGAAGACGGUCCCAGGGUCAUCUUCAGCGUGGAUCUCUGGCAUCCUAAUGUGGCUGCAGCAGAGAGACAGGCCCUGGACUACAUCUUCGCCCCUGAGCAGUAGUUCCAACUUAAUUUCCCAGGAUGCACUAGUCAAACCCCUCCCCCAUGGUGAAACGCCAAAAUGUUAUUUAUUUAAAAUUUGAAAUUUUCUUAGUUAAAGGACACACUGUGAAUAUGUACCAGUCAAUUCCUGCAUAUUCAGUGUGUGUGUCAUUGUUCAACACAAACGUUCAUUUACAACAGCAGUUUCCUAAAUUUCUUAUCAACAUAGGCUACAACCAAUAAUACAGAUCAGACAGUUUAUAGACUACGUUGUGCUCUGUGAUUCUGAGCACAGAGAUACUGUGAUGUCAUACAAACAACUAUUUCCGAACAUCUUAUAACUGACUUGUGCCUGUUUUAAAAAAUCCCGCACUCGUGUUACGUAAUUUUUGUGCCUGACUUCCUCCUCUCCUGACCUCUCUGAUGUAUACUGUGAUGGUUCUCCGUAAAUACUGUACAAGUGUGACUCAUGCCUACGCUACAUUGUUUUAUUACAUCAGAUGUAAAUAUAUUUUCAGACCUGUGAAGCACACACUGAAGACAAUAUACUGUAUACGACCGGACUACUUGCAUGCACAUAGCCAACAAUGCAUCUAAUGACUUUUGUGUAAAUCAAUUGUGAUGAACUAAACUGAUGUGAUU